CCCUAAUUACUUGAUUAUUUAAUAUUAUUGUCGAAUAAUCUGUUUUGUUUCUAAAAUUUUGAGUAGCAAACCAAUGGGUGAAGUUGCACCUUUUACAAUAUGCAUACAUUAUGAUGGUCAAUUUGGUGUUGACAAGUCACGUUAUACUGAGGGAGAAACUUAUGAUUUACUAGUCUUUGAUGUGAAUAAGCUGUGUUAUUGGGAUAUUAAGGACAAGGUUACAAAGCCGGGUUUUAUCUCAUUCAAGGGAUUGUAUUACAAAGUUCCAAAUUUGUCUAUGGUACAUGGGCAUCCUCUUUGUGAAGUUGCUAUUGGAGUAGGAAAGUUGUUGUUACAUCCAGAGGUAUUGGGAAGUGAUGCUAAUGAUGAUGAGUUAUUAGUUGGGAAUAAUAAAGUGACAAAUUUGAUGGGUAACAUGGAUAGCACUGAUACUUUAAGCCAUGGUAGGAAAACAAAUGAUAAAGGGAAAGAAAAGGCAACUAAGGCAUGCCAGCAAUGGAAAAGUGAGAGGAAUGGAGGUGUUAUGGCAUCAUCAAGCUCAAAAGGAAUUAUAAUUAAAGAACCUGAAGCUAAUUUUGAAGGCUUUCAACUAGUGGACAACUUAGACAUUGAAUAUAGUGAUAUAGAGUGCAGUAGUAGUAGUACUUAUAUUAAUAGUGGUGAUGCUGAAAGCUACGAUAGUGAUAGUUCCAUAAAAGACCUGAAUGUGAAGGAUAAUGUAUUGAGAAAGGUGAAGAAAUAUUAUGGAACUCAUUCAUGCUUUAAAACAAAUAGGAACAAAAUGGUGAUUGAGCCAUUCUUGGUUGGUGCCUUAUGGACAAUAGUUACUAACUCCCCUAGAAUGAGUAGUAGGCAGCUUGUUGACCAUGUCAAGGCAGAAUUGAAUGUUGAAGUUUCAAAAUAUAAAUGUCAAAGGGCUAAAAGGAUAAUUAAGAAUGAGCUAGAAGCUACUUACAUUGAACAAUACAAGUAUUUUAGAGGUUAUGAAAAGCAUAUGCUAACUACCAAUCUUGGCUCAAGUUGUAUCAUUGGAAUAGAGAAUUCUGCUGCAACAACACCUUACCAGUUUAAAAGGAUGUACUUUUGCUUUGAUGGAUGCAAGAGGGGUUGGAAAGCUAAUUGUAGGCGCAUUAUUGGUUUAGAUGGCAGUUUCUUGAAAGGGGUUUGCAAAGGCAUUUUGUUGUCAGCUAUUGGAAGAGAUGGGAACAAUCAAAUGUUUCCAAUGGCAUAAGCAAUUGUAGAUACUGAAGAUAAGGACAACUGGAAAUGGUUCAUGGAAUUGUUGAAUAUCGACCUUGAGUAUGGAAAUAGAAUAGGAAUGAGUUUUAUAAGUGAUAUUCAUAGGAUAAAAAUAAAUUUAUUCUUUUUUG